AAGGAAAAAAGAAAAAAAAAAUUAGAAACUAGAUGAGGGCAAAGAGAGCAUCAGGAACAGUACCUCCACGCCCCCGGUCCCUAGUGAGAGAAAAAAACUAAGAGAAGAAAAAAAAAAAAGCUACAAGAAAACAAGAUCCACCUCGAACCUCUCUUCAUCUUCAACCCUUUUGUGAAUUGUGACCCCCCCCCCCCCCCCACCCCUUCUUCACCAUCCCUUCUUUCACUUCUUCACUCUUCUUCUUAUUCUUCACAAUCAUUCCUUCCCUUUUCUCUGUUUCUCUUCGCUCUUCUGAUUCACCGAGGGAUUCUUCUAUCUGGGUUUUGUCUAUUUCUGUUUAUUACUGAUGCUAAUCGUGUUAAUUGAUUUGGGCUCUCUUUAGUUUCUGGAAUCUUUUUGCUGUUUUUGUGUUUUCCUUCAAAGGAGUGUUUGAACUAUUGACCAGUAGGAAUAAUAGUCAAUUGAGUUGGAGUUUGAUUUGGGAAAUAAUGAGGGAAGAACACUCGAAUUGGUUUUCUAGAUGGGAAGAGGAGCUUCCAUCUCCAGAUGAAUUGAUGCCUCUUUCUCAAACCCUAAUAACCCCCGAUCUAGCUUUGGCUUUUGAUAUUCAGAAUCCCAGCAAUAGCAGUCCGCCGUUGCCUUGUCCUUCUCCGCCGCUUUCAAAUCCGCUCCCUGGUUCUGGCAACGGAAUUGUGCCACCAAACUCGGCGGAUUUCGGCGAUUCUGCCGAUUUGGGCUCCGGCGCCGCCAGCGACGAGCCGGCUCGGACUCUCAAGCGGCCGCGCCUUGUUUGGACGCCUCAACUUCACAAGCGAUUUGUUGAUGCUGUUGCUCAUUUGGGGAUAAAAAAUGCUGUCCCCAAGACCAUAAUGCAGCUCAUGAGUGUUGAUGGGUUGACUAGGGAGAACGUAGCUAGCCAUUUGCAGAAGUACCGCCUCUAUCUCAAGCGGAUGCAGGGCUUGUCCGGUGGCGGUGCCGGCGGAGGUGCUGCCUUGGUUGGUUCAUCCGAUCCGGCCACUGACCAUUUAUUUGCUAGCUCACCAGUUCCACCCCAUUUGCUUCACUCUGCUCGCACCAGUUCAGACCAUUUCUUGCCCUUUGUUCCCAUGGCCACUUUGCAGCAGCACCACCAUCACCAGCAGCAGAUGGCUGCUGCUGCUGCUGUCGCCGGCCAUACGCAGCUCCAGCCGCCGUAUCAUCGGCAGGUUGGACAUUUUGGGUCGCCGCCAAAUGGUCAGUUCGAGCACCCAUUUUUAGCUAGACAGUCCCAGCCUAUCCAUAGAAUGGGAACAUCAGUGCAUAAUUCUGUUCCUAAUUACAUCGAGGAUUUGGAAUCAGCCAAUGCCACUGGAGGAAGAAAAGUCCUCACCUUAUUUCCUACUGGGGAUGAUUGAGCUUAGCUCGAGGGACAGCGGAUGAUGACGCAGGCACGUAAUAUCUAUUCCUAGGUCAGUUUUCUGCAGAGAUAGUAUCUCUCACUUGUAUAUUAUAAAAGUUGGAAAACUCAUAAUAUUUGAGCAUCUAUUUUAACAAUUCUGAGUUCAUUAGAAUGUUGGUGUAUUGACACUGUUACAUGAACAUUUUGAUGUGAUCAUUUUGACAUCUCAGUAAAUGAAUCCAUAUCUUUAACCUUCUUCCUUUA